UUAAAAAAAUUAUAUAUGAAUAUAUUUCGGCUCGUAAUCCUCACGCACUCUUGUGUUUACAUUACAGCUUUGAGAAUCUCUGCCGCAGUCAAAAUGCUGAAGAAAAUAAUUUCUACCAGCAUUUCUGUAUUACAUCCAUGGCAGAGACCAGCUCUCUCUGCCAUGGGUAAUUCGCUGACAAUCCACCAACAGAGGUUUUGGUGUAGUUCAGAUAACUAUGAUGACCUGGGUAUGAACCAAGAGGAGGUCUUCAAUACAGAUACAGUUGCUGAAGCUGAGUUAAUGUAUUUUACAAAUGAACCAAAGAAAUUAGAGCAGAGGAAAAUGCCAGGAAAGGAUGUCAUUAGGCCAGUCAAGUAUUCAUUGGCCGCUACAAAUAAGAUGUUAUUUGGGCCUCUCCUAGAAACAAAAGUAGAGAAGAGACAGAGGCUGAAAAGAGAAGAGAAAGGCAUUAGUGAAGAGGACUAUCGGGAAAAACAGAAAAAGAAAAAAAAGGGUAAAAAAGAAAAGAAAUCAAGAACUAAGAAGAAAGAAGUCGAUCCUCUGAUAAGUAGACCGGAAAAUGCUCAUUAUUUUGGCGGUGUUAACGAAGAUGGUCUUCCGUCUGAAGCUGAUGCCUCACGUCUUCCACAUGAAAUUCUCGUAGAUGACUUCCAAGUUAAGGAUGAUACUGCUUACUCUAAUGAGAGCGAUAAGUUGUUUUCUAUUAAAAAAUUGCCCAAAUAUAAUUAUAGGUUUAGUUAUGAUGUCCAGGGUGCUCAGACAAAAAGUAGGACAAAAAAGAUAAUCAUACUUCAGGGACAAGACUUAAAGGCAAGUGCAGAAACUUACAUGGAGGAGGAGGAGGAAAAUGGCAUAAAAGAAACGGAAAACCAAACGUUAGAAGGUUUAAACAUAGAUACAAGUAGUACAUCGUCGGGAGUGAGCAAUUCAACACUUGUGACUAUUGAUAAUUCUACAUUCACUGCAGUGCCUACCAUAUUGGAUAUAGGAGAGAUACAAAACUUCCCCCUGUUUAGCAGUGAUAUCCGUCCCCAUGAGCUGCAGAUAGACUGCUCUCUGGAGACCAUAACGACAAUUGGGAUGUUUGACGGGGGUUAUCAGAAACUUCCAAGUGUCAGAAAGAUCUUGGAUGCCACAAUGCCCUUGCCAAAUAGAAUAGCACUAGAGAAGUGGAAGGCCAAGAUGAUUAAGGAACUUGGAGAAGAGGGCUUUAAUAAGUAUAGGCAAGAGUUGCUGGAUCGAGGGAAACUGCUUCAUGGGUGUAUCCAGUCAGAGCUAAGUGGCAUGACACUGAGUUCAGAUCAGACACUUGCAGUUUCUGGAUUCUGGACAAGUGUCAGACAUGUUAUUCCGAAUGUGUCAGAUGUUCAAGUGUUAGAGAGUCGUAUCAUUCACCCCUAUCUUUACUAUCAGGGAGCUGUGGAUUGUGUUGGUUCUUACAAGGGUAUGCCCAUACUCAUAGAAUGGAAGACGUCAGGGAAACCAAAGUUAUCAGUGAAAUCAAUGUUUGAUGACCCCCUUCAAGUUGUAGCCUACCUCGGUGCUCUAAACUUUGAUGGCAACUACAAGCUGCGACAGCCAAUUGAAUCAGCCAUGUUAGUUGUGGCAUAUGACACAGGUUUACCAGCACAUAUUCACAUCCUUAACAAAAAUGAUUGUGAACAUUAUUGGCGAAUGUGGUGCACGCGGCUUUCACAGUUCUGGAGCCAGCUGGCAGCUAAUCCUGCGUGAUGUAGAGAAAUUCAGAAUUCAUAACCGCAAGUCUCGUCAGAUGAAUAAAAGUGUAAAUUUGAUGAUUGUGAUAAUGGCGUAAUGUUUCCAAUAGUAUUUUUCAUUAUUUGUGUAUUUUAGAAUACAUGAUGGGUGUUGAAGUGAAAUGUAAUAUUGAAUUCUUUAUUUCUUCCUUUUAAUUGUAACAUUCAAUAAAAUAUCAUACAUUA